UUUCGUUUUUACUGACAUUGGAAUUAGUUUUCUAUUACUUGCCGUUCAUAGGUUAUCAAUAUAAUGUUUCGAGCAUUUGUUCCUUUGGUUUUUCCGAUAUUACUUUGUUAAUCAAGCGUUUCUUUAGAUUAUUCUGUUUAUUCUCACAGUUAGGCUAGGAAAUUUAUGUCAUCAAUUAUGAGAUGUGAAGUUCUAUUUGCUUUGUUAUCCCAACAAUAAGGCUUUCAAGCAGAGAAAGUACACGCAUGUUUUAAAUGCUUGAGACUGAUUGUAGUUAAUAAAUAUUUUGAUUUAGGUUCUUCAUGGGCACUUUCAUUAAUCUGUUAUAUGAGUCAAAUGAGUGCAGACAGUAGGCUGAAUACAGAUUUAUCAAAGGUGGUUUCAUUAAGCAAUGGUGUUUCUGUGAGAAGAUUAGAAGAAAUACUGAUGGAAAAUGAGCGCUAUGUUGCCUUUUCUGGUGUACGCAAGUAUAAGCGGCGUAAAGUUAGUGCUGUUAGGGAUUUCCCACCUGGGUGUGGAUGGUUUCCCACACAGAUCAAUUUAACACCUGGAGAAGAAGCAGGAUAUUCUGGUACCAUUGAAAAGUCUGUAAAUGGGGAUGAAAGUUGUGGUUCAUUGCAUGUUGAUUGUGAUAGAUCUUCUGCAACUGGAAAUGAGUCCCAGUCCCAAGAUCUGUCACUGAUGGUAGGACAGAGAGAUCAUAUGGAUUCUGUUGGAGAAAAGCUGAUGAACUCAUCUAAUCAGGUGGAUGGGCUUGAAUCAGUGAAAGCUGAGUCUACAGGGACGCCGUUGCUAGAUCUUGAACCUGGACAUGUUGAAAAGUCAGUGCUAAAGCUUGAAAAUGGUGGAAACUUGAAUGCAUCAGAGGUAUUAAAUAAAGUUGAUCUUUCUGCAAAGGAAGAGAUUGCUCCCAAAGGUUGUUUGAAAUCCUUUUUGCCACUUGGUGAGCCAGUUAUUUCACAUGGCAUUUAUUUAAAUAAGAGUUCAAUUAGAAAUUAUCCUCCUCGAAGAAAUGUUUCUGCUGUUAGAGACUUCCCUCCAAAUGUUGGAAUUAAUGCUUCCCAUCUUACUAGUGAAGAGAUAAUAGAAAUUGUUGCUUCUGUACAGAACAAGAAUUCAGGCCCAGAGAAGUAUUGUAAUGGAGAUGUUACAAUGAAGGCUGAUUUUAAACAAAUAAGGCAGGCUGUUCUAGAUGAAGACAAUCGCAAGAGCAGAGUGGAAGGUGAUGAUGUCAGUCAAAUAGGGGAGAAAGUUCAACCUGAAUCUGAUGGCAUUUUCUCCAAAGAAAGGGGAAAGAACAAAGAAUUCAAAAUACUUCCUGAGGAGGACAAGUUGGCAUUGGGAGAUGCAAAAGAACAGAGUGAUACUUCUGGUAAAACUAAUACUAGUCGUUUGCAUCUUGAGACCGAGUCACUUGAAAAAACAGACGAAAAGAGUAUUGGACUAUUGGAGGAAAACAUGGAGAGGCAAAUAGUAAUUUACUCAAGGGAAAACAAUAAUGGAAGACGGAUUUCAGAUACGACUAGCUUUGAGAAUAAACUUCAAGAUGAAAGUUCAGGCUAUUCAGAAUUUACUUCGGGGAGGGUGCUGGUACUGGGACUCAUGGCUGCAAAAACUUGUCCUUGGAGGCAGGGAAGAAAGGUCACCAAACGUAAUGUGCUUGGUGGUGCAGGUGAAAGAAAAGAGAAGAAUCAUGAUUUCAUACUACAACCACAAAAGAAACCUGCUCAGAAAGUAAAGGACAGUGAAUGUGAAAACUCUGGAAAAAUAUGUUCUGAGAAGAAUCUGAAUCUUAAUAAUGAAGGUUCUUUGGGCCAUGAUGAGGAAUCUAGAGUUUCUCAAAUGGAUCAUAGAUCUCAUAGCGUGAGUCUACUUCCUUCUGUUCCUGGUAAUUCUGGGGGUAGAGGUGACGAUAAUGAUGCAAUUGCCACAAGAAACCAAGUGAGGGAAACAUUGCGGUUGUUCCACCUUAUCUGUAGGAAGCUCUUGCAAGAAGAAGAAGCGAGGCCUCAGGAGCGAUUGAAAGGUAGGAGAAUUGACUAUGAAGCUGCUAAGAUUCUUAAGAACAAAAGGAAGUAUGUUAACACUGGCAAGCAAAUCAUUGGAUCUGUCCCAGGGGUUGAUAUUGGUGAUGAGUUUCAUUACAGAGUAGAGCUUAAUAUCAUCGGUCUCCAUCGCCCUACUCAGGGUGGCAUAGAUUAUGUGAAGGAAGGUGGAAAGCUUCUUGCUACCAGUAUUGUUGCUUCUGGAGGCUAUGAUGAUGAGUUGGAUAACUCAGAUGUUCUGAUUUACACUGGCCAGGGAGGAAAUGUCAUGAAGGUUGGAGAUAAGGAACCUGAAGAUCAGAAGCUUGAAAGAGGAAAUCUUGCUUUGACAAAUAGCAAACAUGCACAUAAUCCUGUAAGAGUGAUUCGUGGUGAGAUGAAGGCAUCUGAUUCAUCAGAUUCAAAAUCUAGAACAUACAUCUAUGAUGGGCUUUAUGAGGUUGUGGAAUUAUGGCAGGAGCAAGGGUCACAUGGUAAGCUGGUCUUUAAGUUUAAGUUGGUCCGGCUUCCUGGUCAACCUGAACUUGCUUGGAAAGUAGUGAAGAAGUCCAAAACGUCCAAAGUACGAGAGGGUGUUUGCGUAAAUGAUAUUUCAAAUGGGAAAGAGUUAAUUCCUAUUUGUGCUGUGAACACCAUAGAUGAUGAGAAGCCACCAUCAUUUGAAUAUGUAACUGGCAUGAUUUACCCUGAUUGGUGUAACCCUACUCCUCCUAAGGGUUGUGAUUGUACCAAUGGAUGUUCAGAAUCCGGGAAAUGUUUGUGUAUAAGCAAGAAUGGUGGAGAAAUCCCAUUUAAUCAUAAUGGGGCAAUUGUUGAAGCAAAGGCCCUCGUGUACGAGUGUGGUCCUCCCUGCAAAUGCCCUCCUUCUUGCUAUAAUAGAGUCAGUCAACAGGGUAUCAAAUUUCAGCUUGAAAUCUUC